CAACCCCCCUCCGCAGCCGCCACCUCCCCCGGGCCUCCCCCCCUUCCCCGAACGCGAUCGGCAACAAUGUUUACGUUCCGGGGAUUAUGACGCCUGCGCCCCACUCAGUGUCUGAAAAUGGUUCCUUAGGACUUUGCAAAACGCAUCGACUCCCCCUCCCCUUCCCUUCCCCUUCCCCCAAAAAGUGCUGGUGCAAAAUUGCAAAACUUUAGAGAGACCUGGAUGGCUUUUGUUUUUCCUCCUCCCCAUUUGGGUCAAAAAAUGCAGGACAGGAACUGUUGACAAUUAAGAGAUGAAACUCUCCAAAAAAAUGGAGGCAGAGAAAGACUCUGGAAGAAGAUUGCGAUCUAUUGGUAGAAGGAGAUACGAUGAGAAUGAGGACCUCUCUGACGUGGAGGAAAUUGUCUGCAUCAGGAGUUUUAAUUUGGAGGAGAAAUUAAAGAGUCAAAAGUAUCAUGGGAAUUUCGUGCGUGACAUGGAAGGGAAAGAUCUUACUUUUGAGUAUGUGCAAAGAGAAGCUCUCAGGGUUCCCCUUCUCUUCAGAAGUAAAGAUGGUCUGGGAAUUAGAAUGCCUGACCGGGAUUUCACUGUCAGAGAUGUGAAGCUAUUAGUGGGAAGCCGUCGGAUUGUGGAUGUGAUGGAUGUGAACACGCAAAAGGGCAUUGAGAUGAGCAUGUCUCAGUUUGUGAGAUACUAUGAAACACCGGAGGCUGAACGUGAGAAGCUCUACAAUGUCAUCAGCCUGGAGUUUAGUCAUACAAAGCUGGAGAACAUUGUCAAGCGCCCCAAUGUGGUGGACUUAGUCGAUUGGGUGGAUAAUAUGUGGCCGCAGCAUUUGAAGGAGAGGCAGACAGAUGCCACAAAUGCUAUUUCGGAGAUGAAGUACCCAAAAGUGAAAAAGUACUGUUUGAUGAGCGUGAAAGGAUGCUUCACUGAUUUUCACAUUGAUUUUGGUGGCACUUCAGUGUGGUAUCACGUUUUCCGAGGAGGGAAGAUCUUCUGGUUGAUUCCGCCUACUCUGCAGAAUCUAGAACUUUACGAAGAAUGGGUUCUGUCAGGAAAGCAAAGUGAUAUCUUUCUGGGAGACAGGGUGGAACUAUGCCAAAGAAUUGAGUUGAAACAAGGCUAUACGUUUUUUAUUCCUUCAGGAUGGAUACAUGCAGUUUAUACUCCAGUAGAUUCACUGGUGUUUGGUGGAAAUAUCCUGCAUAGCUUUAAUGUUCCCAUGCAGCUUCGCGUCUAUGAAAUUGAGGACAGAACAAGGGUGCAUGCCAAAUUCCGUUAUCCUUUCUACUAUGAAAUGUGCUGGUAUGUUCUGGAGAGAUACGUGUCCUGUGUGACCCAGCGCUGCCACCUCAGCAAAGAAUACCAGAAAGAAUCAAUGUUAAUUGAUGCCACAAGAAAACCCAGCGUAGACAGCUUCUCAUCAGAUUCCUGGUUAGACAUGGAUGAAGAAUCUUGUGAUGCUCAUACUCGGGAGGAGAAGGAAGACAAUCUGGAUAAGAAUCCAAAGUCCUUGGCUGAUGGUUCCUCCUCGCCCAACAGCACACACUCUGAAGGGAAGGAUGUUGCAGGGAAAAAACAGAAAGCCACAGUAACGAGGUACCUCAAAAGAACUUUGUCCAAUGAGUCAGAUGACAGUGUAAAGUCAACAACCCCCACAGACUAUCCCAAAACACCAACAGGGUCACCAGCUACAGAAGUCUCAACCAAAUGGACUCAUCUCACAGAGUUUGAACUGAAAGGUUUGAAAGCCCUAGUAGAAAAGCUUGAAUCUCUCCCAGAGAACAAGAAGUGUGUUCCAGAAGGCAUUGAAGAUCCUCAGGCACUUCUGGAGGAUAUGAAGAACAUUCUGAAGGAACAUGCUGAUGACGACCAGAAUCUUGCCAUUUCGGGGGUCCCCGUGGUAGCCUGGCCUAAGAAGACCACAAAGAACAGGGCAGUUGGACGACCCAAAGGGAAACUGGGCACUGCCUCUGCAGUGAAGCUAGCUGCUAAUCGGACGACUGCAGGAGCACGCCGGAGAAGGACGCGAUGCCGCAAGUGCGAGGCUUGUCUACAUACAGAGUGCGGCGAGUGUCACUUCUGCAAAGACAUGAAGAAGUUUGGUGGGCCUGGAAGGAUGAAGCAGUCCUGCAUUAUGAGGCAGUGCAUUGCACCAGUGCUGCCUCACACUGCUGUGUGUCUCGUGUGUGGAGAAGCUGGAAAGGAGGACACUGUGGAAGAGGAGGAGGGCAAGUUUAAUCUCAUGCUAAUGGAAUGUUCCAUUUGUAAUGAAAUAAUACACCCAGGAUGCCUUAAGGUGAAGGAAUCAGAUGGUGUGGUUAACGAUGAACUGCCGAACUGCUGGGAAUGUCCAAAGUGCAACCAUGCAGGGAAAACUGGGAAACAAAAGCGUGGACCAGGAUUCAAAUAUGCGUCGAAUCUCCCAGGCUCACUGCUUAAGGAACAGAAGAUGAACAGAGAUAAUAAGGAAGUAACAGAUGUAGCAAAACGGAAAGGGGAAUGUGAAGAAACCCCUAGGCGGAAAUCUGAUGAACAUUCCAAAAAAAACCCUGUUGAUUCUAUUUUGAGGAGAAAGUCAGAUGAUGUGCAUAUGCGAAGGAAAAGAAAAUUUGAGAAACCCCAAGAACCUGCUAUGAGAAAACGGCUAAAACUCGGUAAAGAAGAGAAACUCUUCAGGAAAAAGAGGCGAUCAUGGAAGGCUACAGAUGACCGACCUGCCAUGGCCAAACCCCUGCGGCGUUUUAAACAGGAACCCGAGGAGGAUCUGCCAGAAGCACCUCCAAAAUCCAAGGAGAGUGACCAGUCACGGUCCAGCUCUCCCACUGCGGGCCCCAGCACCGAAAGUGCUGAGCCCAAGGACAAGAAGAAGAUAAAGAUGAGGCGGAAAAGGCGGCUUCCAAAUAAGGAACUGAGCAAAGAGCUCAGCAAGGAGCUCAAUCAGGAGAUCCAAAAAACUGAGAACAGCCUUGCCAAUGAGAACCACCAACCCAUCAAAUCUGAGCCAGAGAGCGAGAACGAGGAGCCCAAACGUGCUCUGAGCAAUUGCGAGAGACUCCACAGGUUCAGCAAAGGGUUAAAUGGGACUCCCAGAGAGCUGAGGCACCAGCUUGUGCCAAGCCUGCGAAGCACACCUAGGGUGAUUACCCGGCCACCACCUUCGCUCUCUCCUCCCAAAUGCAUUCAGAUGGAACGCCAUGUAAUCAGGCCACCCCCCAUCAGCCCUCCUCCGGACUCACUCCCCCUAGAUGACGGGGCAGCCCAUGUGAUGCAAAGGGAAGUCUGGAUGGCUGUCUUUAGCUACCUCAGUCAUAGCGAUUUGUGCAUCUGUAUGAGAGUUUGUAAGACCUGGAACAGAUGGUGCUGUGAUAAAAGAUUAUGGACCAAAAUAGAUUUAAACCAUUGUAAAUCCAUCACUCCACUUAUGCUCAGUGGCAUUAUCAGGAGACAGCCUGUAACCCUUGAUCUUAGCUGGACAAACAUAUCUAAAAAACAGCUGAGCUGGCUCAUCAACAGACUACCAGGUCUACGAGACCUGCUGUUAUCAGGGUGUUCAUGGAUAGCCGUCUCAGCACUGUGUAGUUCCAGUUGUCCUUUACUCCGAAUCCUGGAUGUUCAGUGGGUGGAAGGAUUAAAAGAUGCACAAAUGAGAGACCUCUUGUCACCACCAACAGAUAACAGGCCAGGUCAAAUUGACAACCGAAGUAAACUACGGAACAUAGUUGAGCUGCGUUUGGCUGGUCUGGAUAUUACAGACGCUUCUUUGCGAUUGAUCAUUAGACACAUGCCUCUGCUUUCCAAACUCAAUCUUAGUUACUGUAACCAUGUGUCAGAUCAGUCUAUUAACCUGCUGACUGCAGUGGGAACCACCACGCGUGAUUCCUUAACUGAAAUUAAUUUAUCAGAUUGCAAUAAGGUUACUGACCAGUGCCUGUCCUACUUUAAACGUUGUGGAAACAUCUGUCAGAUUGACUUGAGGUACUGCAAGCAAGUGACAAAGGAAGGCUGUGAGCAGUUCAUAGCAGAGAUGUCCGUGAGUGUUCAGUUUGGUCAGGUGGAAGAGAAACUUCUUCAAAAACUGAGUUAGUUAAAGGACAAGUGUGUAAAUAUGGGGGCCAGGGGUGGGGAAGGGACUAAGAACAUGUGGGGAUUUUAUUUUCAAUUGGGAAAUCAGAAAAUAUCAAAGAUUGGAUUUUACAGUUCUGUCAAGGAGAGGAGAUCAUUAAAACUACCCAUGUUAAGAAUUUCAACCUGUGCCACUUAAUUCAGUCUACCUGGGAUGUCCUGCACUGACUCUUAUGCAAAUUCAUAAGGCGACUGUUAUUGAUGAUAAAUGUUCACACCUGGAAGAAGACUGAUCUGUUUAAAGUACCACCGCAUGUGCUUGGGUAGUAUAAAUUUAAUUUCUGCUCUUCAUUUCUUAAAACAAAAACGAAAGUUGGUGUCAUUAAAGUGGACCACACACUGCAUUUCUGCCUUCUUAACACAUUUUGUUUUGUUACAUCUAACAUUAUGCAGAAAUAUUUUUGUACAAAAUUGUUUAAAAGUUAUUUAUGCAAUGUUUGAAUGCAUUACCAGUGUUUUGGUUUUGGAUUGCCAAUUUUUAUCUUUACAGUAGGCGAGAACUUAACCUAUACUUCGUAGACAAAAUAUCCAUCUGCAAACGUGCCCAGGUCAGGAAAAGUAGGUUAAUACUUUCAAUUUAAAGCAUGUUUUAAUGGAAGUUUAUAUCCUGCUUUGUAUACUUCAGAAGUGACAUAAGCAUGUUGUGGAAAUAAGGUGUAAAUGAUAGUUGAAGUAAGACACUAUGCCAAGUUUUAUCUGUAUAGAAAUCACCUUUUUCUCAAAAUUUUAAAAAUUCCAAUUUCAGCUUUUGCACAUAGGAGGGUUUCACUUUGUAGCAUGAGCUCUUGUACUCAAUAUGAAAUUAAUUUAUACAGUGAGUCAAACAGUAGAAUAAAUGGUCAAGCAUAGUCUUUUUUUCCUCUUUCUUUGAAGUGUGAGUUGAGUUCUCAUUUAAGGUUUAUAACAUGGUUAUUUCCUGAUUGUAAAAUUCUGCAUUGAUAAGUGCCAUUGUUGUAAGGUGUUGUUUUCGUAGAAUUUCCUGAUGCAGUUUUACCUUUGUUGAAUUUGUAUAAACAAUUGUACAAAAACAGAUAAAGCCUAAGAGGGUUUCUAUUCAAACUUGAAGUGAUAAAAAUUGUUCUGUUUGAUGCAGAGUCAAAAGUAUUUACAGUGCAGUUCUCAUCUGAAGAGUAACUUUAUUAAAAACAAAACAAAACUGCAUACCACUUUCUUACUUAA